CGAAAGAUGGCCUAUUCAAAACUCUUAAUAGUUUUAUUGUUGAGUCUCAUCGUUGGCAUGGCCGUUGCGAAACCUGGAUAUCUUGGCUACAGAUUCGGUGGAUUUGGAUACCCAUAUGGUUAUGGUUAUGGCUACAGAUAUCCAUUCUACGGAUAUGGUCAUGGUUUCGGAUAUUAUGGAGGUUAUCCAUACUACGGUUUCGGUCAUGGUUUCGGACAUUAUGGAUAUUAUCUGUGAUUAUCAUUCCAGUGACAAACUUAUUUCAAAAGGAAAAUAUCAAUAAGAAAGUUAUCUUAUUUCUCUCGUGUUUCAAAUUACACGAACUGUAUAAAUCUGUGCUUUCGAAAAUUUCCUUACGAUUAAUUUUACAUCGUAACAUUGUAUCUCACA